GAAGAAGAAAACAUCGCAACCGGAAGUUGGAAUAGCUAGUUUCCGUUUGGGUUCACAACUGCAACUGUUUGUUGAUGGUGGCAUAGCUAGCCAGUCUACUGCUAUGUCAAUAUUUUUGAUUUAGCUAGCUAAAGCAAACAUUUUUUACGACGAAAAUGACUUCUGAAGGGAAUCGACACGGGACGAAAAGACCUGGUUCUCCGAAUGAAGAUGGACCUACUCCAUGGGCAGCUGCAGAUCUUGGGGACAACGAGAGGAAGCAGAAGUUUUUGAGGUUGAUGGGCGCAGGGAAGAAGGAACACACUGGACGUCUAGUCAUUGGAGAUCACAAAUCAACAUCCCAUGUCCGCAGCGGGGCGGAGGACCAGAGGAUGAACUCUGAGCUGGAGUUGCAGUACCAGCAGGGGCUGGACGGGAAGCUGUCAGGCAGGAACAGGAGACACGUCGGACUGGGCUUUAGCGAGCCUGACCCAGCCCCACCACCACCACCCGUAGAGGGCCAAAGCAAGGCAGAGCAACCAGCCAGUCCCAAUGCCCCAGACAGCCCCUCAGAACCCCAGGGCUCACCAGACAAACCCCCCUCACCAAGCCCAGAGGACAGCACGAAAGAGGACAAGAAACACACCUUCAAAAUGACCUUUGUGAAGUCAUCCUAAGACUGGGAGAAAAAGUCACUUUUUUCUAAAGUCAAACCACAGAUUUGUACAUAAGUUGUUCUUUUGUGUCUCUGCAGUUCUCCCAAGCUGAUACAUGGAACUUCGUGGUUUCAGAUGUCUUUUAUGUUUCAAUGCUGAGCAGCAAACCAGUAGUGCACUACUGAAGGAGGUAACAAUCAUUGAGACAGAUUUCCCCCGUUGUUUCCUUAAACUUUGUUAGGAAUUCCUAACUGAAAGAGGGACUGUACCGACGUGUUGUAAUGGUUCUGAGACGAAGCAAAAGCUUUAAUUAAAUUGUGUUGAAUGGGACUAUAGGUCUUUAACAGUCCAGUUGAAUGUCUCAUCAUGAGUUAUAAAAUGUACUUAAACUACAAAUUGAAUAUCAAUAAACUGAAGUACCACACAGUAGGGAUGAAUAUUUCCUCUAAUCUACCAAGGUGGCCAUUUUAAAGCGUUUAAAAAUAUGAUCACUAAACCAGGGUUCUCCCAGCGCUACAUUGCCGGCUUGUCUUGGCCACUAUGUGAAACUGAUAUUUAGUAAUGCUAGAGUAACUUUGAUCAGGAAUUGCGAAACAGGCCGUUCAUAAAUUCCGAGCUUUAUCAUGUUCCUCAAUUAGUUCAAUGCGUUUCAGCAGUAGGAUAUCUCAACUCCGAGUAGGCUGUAGCAUCAUACAAACUGCAACGACAGUCAAAUGACCAAAGAUACUAAGCUUGCUAGAAAUACCUCCAACGAAUGACAAAAUAUCCUUUUUGGCAAUAUCGAGUUGAUGAUUAGCCUAUACAGAUCAGUGCAUGAAUAACGGAGAGAUGAGAGGAUAGUUAAAAUUAAAAAUCUACUCUCAUAGAAUUUGUUGAUCACACAUUCUCCACUGAAGCUCUCAGAUGGGCAGCAAUACGGGACAGCGCAGAGAAACAUUAGUGGUAUUUAGACAUGCAUAAUGUAGAAGAGCUUUUAAAGACAGGACUGUCCAGCCAGCAAUCCCAGUUAAUUUGGGUUUAUUCUGAUGAUAGACAAGGAAGCACAGAUGUGCAGGACAACAGUAUGUUGAUGGCUGUAGAUUUGUGAUUCGUCUGUUAGCCCCUGCUAACUUAUUUCCAUGCUAAUGCGACAUACAAUUAAAUGGGGAGUCAGGAUGUUGGGUUUCAGUGGGAUUGGGAUGAUAGGAAAGUAGCCUAGGCUCUAUAUAAGGCUACUACGUGAGUCAAUAGAUAAAUAAUACACUUGAUUUAGGCUACAUUGCAUGCUAGAUGUUUCUGAUCAGUGAUAGAUGAGCUUCCACAUGUCUGGCCAGAGAUCAAUUAACCAAAUAUAAAGAUGGAGAUUCAGUGAAAAAUCACAUUAUCAGACAAGUCACAGGCUUUUGUUCAGGAGUAGGACAGACUACUCACGCGUGUGAAGAUCAAAAUCCACUUAUAUACAUGCUAGACACAUUUUCUGAUCAGCUAAUAUAUGAGAAAACUAGAAUAAAGAUGAUCAAUUUACGUAAUAGUUACCAAAUAUCCAAACUGAUCCUGUGAAAACAAAAAUCUGACAUUGAUUGAUAUAUCUAGACGAGUCCCCCAUGCAUGUCUCAAAGCAGCGCAAAGGCUCUGUCCCAAUCAAAAAGGUGCUGAAAUGAUAAUGUAGGUGACCACACAGGACUAUUGCUUUACAUUUGUAUAACGGUUGCAUAUGAUUUAGGGAUAUACAGUAUAAGCAAGAAUUUGAUAUAUGCCUUCAGUUGCAUUAGCCUAUAUUUUCAUCAUUCAGUUGAUCAUAACGAAGGUGAGUUUUUCUCUGCGCUUUUUCUAGGCCCAAUGGCUAUUUCCUGGUCUCCUCACUGUGCUGCCACCCACCCCCGCCUCGUUCUCAAAACCAAUUUAAAUCAUACUUAUUUUUCUAGAAAUCUGGCUCUUUUUUUCGGGUUUGGGCUCAUUUAAUUUCUGUGACGUCGGACCAGGCCUGGGCUCGGGCUUCAAGCUUUACGGGCUUGGGUCGGACCGGGAUCUCAUUUUCAGUUCUGAUGAGAACUCAAACUGCAUUCGGGUCUGGUGUGCAGUCGAGCAGUGUCAGUUAUGUGCGUUUUGAAUUGAUGGCCACUGUGUGAAGUAAAUAUGCUAGGCUAAAAGGAUUCCAUGCAACAACCUGUAUGGAUAAUGUGCUUUUUUGUUGUUGCCAAAUCUGCGGCUGCGCAUGUUGUGUAUUUUGUGGAAAUGCAUUUGUGAGACAAUGUUGUAAGUUUCUAUGUCUUGUCAUUACAUUUUUGGGGGGGAAAUGUUAAAAAGAGUGAUCCCUUUAAUUGUCAAUCGCGCUAUAAAGCCGAUUUUCAGCACUAUGGCUGGAAUUGAGGCCAAAAUAAACAUGCUCGUGAUUGAA